AUGAGCUGUCGUGAUUGGCCAGUCGUGCGGCUGUUCUUCAGCGGCUUCGAAGUGCCAGGUCCGCUCAUCGCCAAAGUGUCGAGACUUUGGAAGCUCUACCACUUGCUUCGUGGUGAUUACAGAGCCGCUGUCAGACGCCUCCACGAACGCUACGGCCCACUCGUCCAGAUCGCUCCGCACGAGUACAGCCUCAGCGACAAGAGUCUCGUCUACGUGCCAAACCUCCACCACACCUCCAGCAUUGUUCUGCCAUCUUGUCAGCACAACCUCGCACGCACCUUUCGCAUGGCGAAUCUGUACAGCGCAGAGAGCCAGAUUGACUCUUGCAACGAGAGCCUAUUCGCCCUGAUCAUGAAAGCUGGCGACAAGGGCGACAUCGUCGACAUGCCGGAAUUGCUGACCCGUUACGCCCAUGAAGUCAUGCUUGCCUGCACCGUCGGACAGCGAGCAGGGUUCCUUGAGCACGAGUCCACGGAGCACCAGAUCGACAUGAGCGUUCUGAAGAACUGGAAGUUCUACGCCAUCUUACAUGGCUCUUACCUGCGCUACCAUCCUUUCAUAGCUAGCAUGAUCAAGCGCUGGCACGUAUCUGGCGGGUCGAGCGCCCAGCUCAUGAUGAGACUGAUGCCUUCAAGACUGACUAGUGUUCUCGGCUCCUCAAUCAGCUCCCAGAGCUCCGAAGCGAUGUCAAGCAAUGCUGAGCUCGAGACUUGCAUCGCCUUGACAAUGGCUGCUGCAGAUCCAACGGUCGCUCUCAUCACCACCGCACUUCAUUACAUCUACAGUACACCAAACCUACUCGAGAAGCUCCGGGCAGAGAUAGCUGCAGCGCAGCUUUCGCCACAACCUACUUUCAAGGAGCUGAUCUUAUCUCGCCCAAGCAUGCCAACGCUGCAUGCUGUUCUGCUCGAGUGCACUCGGCUACACCCGCCAUACAUCACAGGACCUGAGUACCGCUCAGCUAACGGCGAGGUUGACGGGGAGCAGAAGAUACCACCGGGCAGUACAAUCGCGCUUGAGCCGACAAUGAUACACAAUAAUCCUGGUCGUUUUGGCGAUGACUCCAACGUCUUCAACCCAAUGAGAUGGCUUGAUGCGUCACUAGCGUGUGAUUUGCAGCGCGCGUUGCUCGCGUUCAACAUAUCAGACAUGACCAACAUUGAGGCAACCAUUCUACUCAUCGCGAGCAAAAUCAUCACCCGGUUCACCACCUUCUGGGACUCCGCCAAAAUGCAAGCCACCGAGGUGUUCACUCAAGCCACCGAGAAAUUCACACUCUUCCGCUUCUACCUUGCCCAAGGCAUUCCACGCAAAAACCUGGGCGUUCUGCUCCGCAUCAACCCUAUCGACUCAUCGACCAAGAAAGCAGAGAACGUCGACGCUGCCACCAACGACGGUGCUGCCACCACCGACGGUACUGCUGAAGCUGCCACCGACACUCCCGCCGACCCUGCUGCCGACACCAUUGCCGACACUGUUGCCAACGACACUGCUGUCCAUACUUCUACUGACAAUACUAUCGACAAUGCCAUCGACGAUUCCAUCGACAAUGCUGUCGAAGUUACCACCAACACUCCUGCUGAGACUGCUGUCGACCCUGCCACCAGCUGUGCCACCGAAGCUGCUUCCAUCAAAGGUGACUCCACCUCAUCUACCGAAGACGACAACGACGUGUCCAGUACAGCAUCUCUGCCGAAGGCUGAGGCCGACGUCACCAUCUCGACUUCAGGACCCGACUCGUCCUCGAACGGCCUCACCCACGUUGCUGCAGCAUCUUCACCGAAGGCUGAGGUGUCAUCUGGCGCAUCCGCUACAAGCAGCAGCCACCGCGGCUCGGGCUCCAGCAAGGCGAGCUUCAACAGUGCCGGCAAUCGCACCACCGCUACCCUUCCUGCCGCUAACCAGCUCGCCACCAUCUUGGGUGAAGACGAUGCCAACGAGCUGUUGAACGGCCGCUUCGCACCAAGCCGUAAGAACUUUCUCGGCACCAAGGCGCUCUACACCAAGCCCAUUCCAGACGCCUUCCUCCGUCGCCUCGUCCAUAAGGCUCUCGAACAGACCCACGGCUGGCGUCUCUGUCACUACAACAACCCUGACACCAACAUCAUGGCCAUCGGUCUCCAGGGCUCCAUCCCUCGCGCCUACAGCAAGUCCAAGCAGCAAUCUGGCCAAGGAUCCAACAACAAGCGUCCAUACAACAAGAACAACAAGAACGUCAACAGCCGUGGUGACAACAACAAGAACUUCAACAACCGUGGUGACAACAACAAGAACUUCAACAACAACCGCAGUGGUCACGGCAACCAGGUCUCCAACCGUGGUGGCAACCCAGCACCUGACAACACCACCACCGCGCGAGCACCACCAGCAGCUGGUGCCUUCCAGGCCAAGUGGGCCAAUUUUGCCACAGAAGAGGGCGCCCGCGUGGACUACUGGAAGACUGCAGAGGGCUACGCAGAGCGCCAAGCGAAGAUGGCCACCAACGAUGCCGCUACCAAGGCAGCCGGCACUGAUGCUGACGCUCAACCACGCUUCACCACCACAUUCAAGCAGACGAACGGCGAGACGGUCACAGGCAAGCUGGGAGGUCAUCGCAAGGCCAUCAACGUCGUGAAGUACUGA